AUGACUCUAAAUGUGCAGUGCCUCAAGAACAAAUAUUGUGAACUUGAAAUAGCAGUAAGUAACACCCAACCUGAUGUCUUGUGUAUUACUGAACAUUGGUGUAAGGACCAAGAAAUAUGUAGUAUUCAUAUUAAUCCAUUUAAACUGGCAAAUCAUUAUAGUAGGAAAAUUGCAAAAGGUGGUGUAGUCAGUAUUUACCUUAGACAAGAGUUAGAAUUUAAAAAGAGAUGUGAAGCAGAGAACUUAAGUAUUGAAAAGUUUUUUGAAACAGGUGCUGUCCAGCUAUAUGGCCUGAUGAAAAAAGUCAUAGUCAUAACAGUGUAUAGGUCACCAUGUGGAAACAAGGAAGUCUUUUUUGAUAAAUUAGAAUUGUUACUAAAUACUAUUUAUAAAAAAGAAACUGUGAUUAUUCUUUGUGGUGAUUUCAAUAUUAAUCUUCUAGUUGAAAGUCAACAAAAAAGGCAAUUUUUGGACAUAUUAAAGAGUUUCAGCAUGUCACCACACAUAAACAAUUCAACUAGAAUAACAAACACCUCCAAUAGCCUCAUAGAUAACAUUUUCUCAAAUAUGUCAGCAACUGACAUAGAGGUAACAAACAUAGAUUUAGGAUUGUGUGACCACAAUGCUCUCACAACUGAAAUCCCUUUAAGGUCAAAGGAAGAUAAAGGUGUAAGUAAUAUUUACAAAAGAAACUUCUCUGUGGUCAGCUGUCAUCAGUUCAUAAGUAUCUUAAAAAAUGAAAAUUGGUUAGAUGUCAUGAAACAGCCAAGUACAGAUGAGGCGUAUAGUGUAUUUGCAUCGAUUUAUAUGAUGAACUUUGAGAUGUGUUUUCCAAAGAAACUGACCAGAAUCAAGUCUACUGGACACAUAAAGUCAAGUUCUUGGAUGACUCUUGGCAUUAAGAAAUCAUGCGAAAACAUGAAAAAACUGAAUUCAGAGUUGAGGGAGUGUACAGAUACUGAUUUUAUAGAAUAUGUAAAGAGGUAUAGGAAAAUAUACCGCAGAACAUUAAGCAAGAAUUUUGGGGAGCAGAUUAAGUUGGAAGCACCCAAGGCAGCCAGCAGUAUGAUGGCAGUUCCAACAAACAAAAAGGAAGUUUUGAAAGUGAUUAAAAGUCUCAAGUUCAAGAUGUCAGCUGGAGUAGAUGAGGUGCCAAUAAUAUUAGUAAAGAAAACAGCUAAUCAGAUAGCGAAACCAUUGGCGCACAUAGCAAUCUUGUCAAUGGCUGAGGGCGUAAAUCAGGACAAAAUGAAAACCAAUACAGACUUCCAUAAUUACGAUACACGGCAAUGUAAAGAUCUCCACAUACAAGCUGUAACAAGGACCCGAAGCCAGAAACAUAUAGAUUUAUAUGAAUUCAGCACAGAUACAAAUUUUGUAGUUGUAGUUGUUAAAAUGCACCCUAACAAAUCCUAUAUCACAAAUGUGAUCAAUGGGAUAAUAAUAGAUAAAUAA